UGUUAAAUCCUACGAGGCUAGUAGGAAAUUGGCCCUAUCAGUUUCUUCGGAAAAAUAUGAAUCAACUGAGUAUGUGGAAAAUACCACUGGGUCUAUCGUUCGGAAUAAUUUACAGAGUACGACACAAAAUGCUUCUAAUGUAGAUGUGGAUUCUUCAUUUGAAGAUAGAAUAUAUUCAAAGGUUGACCUAAAUAUGCUGGCGAGAAAACAUCCCGAAAUUCGUAAGGGCGGUUGGUACGUCCCGUCCAAUUUUACCAAGCUACACAAAGUGGCUAUCAUAGUUCCAUACAGGGAUCGAAAGAAGCAUUUAUCAAUAUUCCUGUACUACAUGCAUAUGUUUUUGAUGAAGCAGCGGAUGGAAUAUGGAAUAUUUAUUAUAGAACAAGCAGGAACGCGUCCGUUCAACCGCGGGAUGCUCAUGAACGUGGGAUUCCUGGAGAGCCAGAAGAUGGGCACCUGGGAGUGUUUCAUCUUCCAUGACGUAGAUCUGCUGCCGCUCGACCAACGGAACUUGUACCAGUGCGCGAAGCAGCCAAGACACCUGUCCGCUUCCAUUGACUCGAUGGCUUACAAACUACCAUACGGUCAUAUAUUUGGCGGUGCCACGGCCAUGACGCUGGAGCAGUUCACGAAAGCCAACGGCUUCUCCAACCGCUACUGGGGCUGGGGCGGCGAAGACGACGAUAUGUAUCGAAGGUUAUGGAUGAUGGGUUACCGUGUCAAACGUUACGAUAUGUCGAUAGCUCGGUAUACUAUGCUGAGUCACUCGGAAGCAGAGCCCAACCCAAAAAGACGACCGAUCUUGGAAAACGCUACUAAAGUUUUCAAGGAAGAAGGCCUUUCGACUCUGCAUUACGAGGUUAUAGAGUUAACGUGGCACCAACUGUACACCCACAUUAUUGCUAAACUCGACGAGAAGACGACGGUGGACAUUAGAAGUAAUGUCGCAAACAUGACCGUAGGUGGUAAAAUGUAACUAAUGGUUCUCAUGUUGAGCAUUUUAUGUUUUUGAACUGAGUUAUACACCUAUAAUUAUGUAUUAUUAAAAAAGUGU